AUGCCUUCUUCAUCAUCUGUGACUGUGACUUCAAAAUGCACAGUCUAUCCAAACCAGAAGUCCACGAUCAAAUCCCUCAAGCUUUCGGUCUCCGAUCUUCCCAUGCUCUCCUGCCACUACAUUCAGAAGGGAGUUCUCUUCAAUUCCCCACCUUAUUCUAUCAACGACCUUGUCAAUUCUCUCAAGCAGUCACUCUCGGUUGCCUUGACUCACUUCCCGGCUCUCGCCGGCCGUUUCGAGACUGACUCCGACGGGUACGUCCACAUCGUUUGCAACGACGCCGGUGCUGAUUUCAUCCAGGCCAAGGCUAAACACCUAAGCGUCGACGGCGUCCUGCCUCCCAAUUGCGAUGUCCCUCAUUGCUUCAAAGAGUUCUUCACCUUUGAUCAAACCAUCAGCUAUUCCGGACAUGACAAGCCCUUGGCGGCCGUACAGGUCACGGAGCUCGCUGACGGAGUCUUCAUCGGCUGCACUGUCAACCACGCCGUCACCGACGGGACCUCCUUGUGGCAUUUCUUCAACACCUUUGCCGAGAUAAACAAAGGCGCCAUGAAAAUCACCAAAUCCCCGGACUUCUCCCGCGACACCGUCUUCAACUCCUCGGCGGUGCUUAAAGUUCCCGAAGGCGGCCCUAAGAUCACUUUCUCCGGCAACGAGCCGUUACGAGAGAGAAUCUUCCACUUCACUAGAGAAUCAAUUCUGAAGCUGAAAUCCAGAGCCAACAACAACAGCUCCUUCUCCCAAAUCGCUGAGAUUUACGGGAAGUCACUCAACGACAAUCGGAACCUUACUCCCCGAUCACGAUUUGAAAUCUCCUCCUUCCAGUCGCUGAGCGCGCAACUCUGGCGCUCGGUGACACGUGUCAGGAACUUAGACCCGUCCAAACCAACGACGUUACGAAUGGCCGUGAACUGCCGUCACAGGCUGGAGCCGAAGCUGGACUCACACUACUUCGGGAACGCGAUCCAAAGCAUCCCGACGAUCGCCACAGUCGGCGAUCUUCUCUCCCAUGACCUGCGCUGGGGGGCUGAUCUGCUGCAUAACAACGUGGUGGCGCACGACAGCGACACCGUGCGCCGCGGCGUAGAGGAUUGGGAGAGCGCGCCGAGGCUUUUCCCUCUUGGGAACUUUGACGGCGCUUCAAUGACGAUGGGAAGCUCGCCGAGAUUUCCGAUGUAUAACAAUGACUUCGGCUGGGGGCUGCCGUUAGCUGUAAGGAGCGGUAGGGCUAAUAAGUUCGACGGUAAGAUAUCAGCCUUUCCGGGACGUGAGGGGAAUGGAAGCGUUGAUCUGGAGGUGGUUUUGGCGCCGGAGACGAUGGCGGGGCUGGAGUUGGAUGAGGAGUUCAUGCAGUACGUGACGGUGGUUUAGUUGGGGCGGCGGAGGUUGUUAAUGUUCAAAUUACCGUUAGUGUUUGGGAGUUGAAAUGAGGUCAAAACUGGUUGAUGGCAUUGGACGGUUGUGAUGAGCCGCCAGACAGCGACGUUUUAGCAAGUAGGGUGGUGAUGUGUACUAUAUAUAAUUAGGUUUAUGUAUAAUUAAUCCCUGGUGUUAAUCUAGUUUAAGUUUCCACGUGAUGAAAUUUGCGAAGAAUCCAAUGUACUUAUGGAUUCCUAAUUUCUGUGUCUAAUUAUGUGUUUGUACCAAAUAUGUGGUUCAGCUACCACUGUAGUAGGGAGUAGGAACGAAAUGGACUGAUCGAUCAUUAGCUGUCUCUGGGGAUUCCUUGAGAGUCUUCCUAAUUUGUAUUAGUAAUUGAUUAAUCAUGCAAGUGUUUUUCAGGUUUCG